CCCAAGCUUUUGGGUAUAAGAUAUAAAAGAGAGUUUCUUUGCCAAAAUCUAUAACCUGCAGUUUCUUCUUAUUCUUCAUCUUCUUCUUCCUUUUUCUUCUUAAGGUUGGUUCUGAGCUCUCAUGGCUAAAAGUGACCACAUCCAAGUGUUUGGGAGUCCAUGUUCAAUUAUGAUAUAUGAUCAUGAGAAGGGUGCAAAGCAAAGAGAUGAUAAUUGGGUUAUCAUGGAAGCUGAUGGUGAAGAUGAUGAUAGUAACUACAACCCUAGAUCAUCAUCUUCCUCCCUUGAAGAUUCAAUCACUUCCCAUGGAUCAUCAGCAUCUUCUUCAGACUUGGUAGAUGAUGCUUCUUCAUCAAGUACUUCAUAUUCAUCUGUAUCUCCUUCCCAUUCCAGUGGGCCAUUGUAUGAAUUAGCAGAGCUCAUGGCACAGCUGCCCAUCAAGAGAGGACUUUCCAAGUAUUAUGAAGGCAAGUCGCAGUCUUUUACAUCUCUGUCAAGUGUGAGGAGCAUAGAAGAUCUAGCAAAGAAAGAGAGUCCUUACAGAAGAAAAAUGAAGGUAUGUAAAAGCUAUGGAGGUGGGUUGGAUACCCACAAGGCAUAUACUCUUCCUAGGGCGAUUAUAUCAAAGAAGAGGGGUUCUGCUGCAUCUCUAUCUUUGCUAAGUAGACGAGGCAGUUUUGUGAAUAGCUGUAGGCCUCCUAUGAUUCCUGUGCAGAAGAAUUUGUGAUUGACUUGUCAAUAUUGUAAGUUAUGGUUCAAAACAAUUUCUGUGAAGGUAGUAGCUUCAUUUUAUACUCUUGAGUUGAUAGACCAUGAUCCAUGUUUUAGUUCUAAGAUCUUUUGUGAAAUACCUCCUCAUUUUGGAUGAGAGAGAGAGAGAGAGGGAGAGAUUGUUCUUCGAAAAAUUUUGUGGGUUUUAGACUUUAAUCAUUUCCAUCUGAUGUUUGAUUGUUUUAUAAACAUCCAUGAUUUGGAGGUGCAAAA